AAAGGAGCUUCCUUCCCAGUUCCCUUGCCAUACAGUGAGGUGUCUAAUGGCCUCCAGGACUGGGCUGUCCAUGUGAGAAGGGAAUUUUAGAAGAGAAGAGCAGAAACUUGAGGUAGAGAGAAGAGUUUAACACAGCACAAUGUCCUGCACCAAUGAGGAUGACCUGGACGAACGACUAGCACACAUUAAAGAAGAUGAUUGUGAAUGGGGUGCACCAGAGGAUCUGCGUGAAAAGCUGAAAGAUUGCAAAGGAGGAAUUUCAGCUUUUAAGGAAGAGGAGUCUGAGGAGGAAAUCGAUCAGGUUAAAGUGGAGGAUUCAGAAGAGUUCUCAGUUGACCCUGAAGUGCAAAAGCUUGAACGUGAGAAUAUUGUCAAGCAAGACAUUUGUGAAGAGCCUCGUUCCACUUUACAGCCCUGGAUCAAUAAUAUGGGACAAGUGACCACCCAGCAGAAUUCUAUGGACCUGAAAUCCGAGUUAUCUGAGUUUGAGGAGAAAAUCAAUGAAAGAAAUGGGAGAGAAGAAGAAGAGGAGCAGCUGUCAUCUAAGAAUUUUCAGGAGAACAGCAGCUUCUCCCCAUCUUUGUUUGCUAAGAAGUCUCUUCAUUGCAGACUGCAAGUCGAAGAGGACAAGGAGAAGAUGACGAUAUCAACAAGAGGAUCAGAGAAUUUAACUGCAGCUUCUUUACAGUGCAGUUCUCUUCUUGUGAGAGAAGCCAUUGAUACUGACCAACAACAAGGACAUUGCACAGAUCAAGAGGCUGUGUGUGCUGGCCUAGAGUGUGGGCACACUUUUAAAAACAAGUCUGACUGUGAAGAUCUCAAGUCGAUUCAACCAAGACCAAAGCCCUAUUGCUGUUGUGAAUGUGGCAAACGAUUCCUCCAUAAAAGCAGACUUGAGGCACACAUAAGAAUUCACACUGGAGAAAAACCUCAUAGCUGCUCUGAAUGUGGCAAACAAUUCACUGUCAGUAGCAAUCUUCUGCAGCACACAAGAAGUCAUACUGGAGAGAGGCCUUAUGGCUGUUCUGAAUGUGGCAAGCAGUUUCCACAAAGAAGUCAUCUUCAGAGCCACAAAAGAAUUCACACCGGAGAGAAGCCAUAUAUCUGUUCUGAAUGUGGAAAACAGUUUUCACAAAGAAGCCAUCUUCAGAACCACAAAAGAAUUCACACUGGAGAGAAGCCAUAUGUCUGCUCCGAAUGUGGCAAACACUUUUUGUUAAGUACUAAUCUUCAGAGGCACGAAAGAAUUCAUACUGGAGAGAAGCCAUAUGUCUGUUCUGAGUGCGGCACGCGGUUCACUGACGGUAGCUCUCUUCGUCAGCACACACGAAUUCACACUGGAGAGAAGCCAUAUGGAUGUCCUGAUUGUGGCAAACGAUUCUCCCAAAGUAGCAGUCUUCAGAAGCACAUAAGAAGUCACACUGUUUUGCAGUCAUGAAUGUGGCAAAAGAUUUUUCCCAUAACAGCAGCCUUCACAAUCCUUAUUUCCGUUCUAAAUGUGGUAAGGGAUUCUUGUGUUUAAGUAUUGUAAUUUCAGUGGGCUCUGUGGUAGAAAUCAGCACACUCAUUAAAAAAAGAAUCUCAUCCUUUAUGAGGACAAGUUUGAUAAAACCUUUUUUGAGUCAAUAAUCAGGCAGGAGUAAGCUUGUCCAUGUGCAUCAUUUCUUUACUCUUGCAGCAUCAUGCUGAAGAGGGAACAUCCAUCACAGCAGUCUGUUACAGAAUGCUCCAAAUAUUAAGGGUAUAGGUGAGUUUUAUAAGUAACUGAAUUUACAUAACAUCACUGACAUUUACUCUGAUUGGUUCGUUGGUUUACAUAUUAAAAUAAAAAUCUAUUUUAUUAUACUUUUGUUAUAUCCUGAAAUGUCUGU